CAAAUUCUCAGCUCCUCCACACUUUAGUCGUGAUUGUGUUGAUUGGAGGAACUUGACGAUGUACAUGUGGCUGACAGCUUUAGGCGGACUGCUGCUCUUGUCCACUCCCAUCCUCAGGUCGCUCUUCCCGUACUUGGUGGACGACAGCGUGUACAUCCUCAGGAGUAUCCGCUUUGCCGUUACGUUUCUCAAGUACAAGAGGAGCAAACCUUUCCACAGCAUCGUGGAUGGCUUCUUGGAUGCAGUGAGGAGACAUCCCACUAAGACAUUCCUGCACUUUGAGGGACAACAGUUCUCCUAUGGAGAAGUGGACAAGCAGAGCAACAAGGUGGCACGGGCCUUGCAGGAGGAGGCCGGGCUCAUGGAGGGAGAUCCGGUAGCCCUGUUUUUGGCCAACGAACCCAACAUUGUGUGGACGUGGCUGGGACUCGCCAAACUGGGCUGUCCGGUUGCUCUGCUCAACUUUAAUAUCAGAUCCAAAUCUUUGCUGCACUGUUUCUCCUGCUGUGGGGCCAAAGUGCUGGUGACCUCCGCAGAGCUGCAGGGCGCUGUGGAGGAAGUGCUACCUGCAUUGAGAGAGCAGGGUGUCAGCGUGUACCUUCUGUCUGAGACACGUCACAUCCAGGGAGUCAACCUUUUGGCUGAUAAGAUCUCCAAGGCCUCAGAUCUGCCUCUGUCCAGGGACCUCAGAGCCAAUGUGAAGACCAGGAGCACUGGUCUCUAUAUCUAUACUUCAGGAACCACAGGUUUACCCAAAGCGGCGGUUGUCACCCAAGAGCGCAUGUGGGCCGCAUCCUUCCUCCAAGGAGCGUGCGGCGUCACUAAGGAUGACGUCGUGUACAUCAAUCUACCUCUUUACCACAGCUCAGGCUUCCUCAUCGGGCUCGUGGGGGCCAUCCAGAGAGGUGUAACGAUCGUUUUGAAGAGAAAGUUCUCUGCCAGUCAGUUCUGGGACGACUGCAGGAAGUAUAAUGUGACAGUGAUACAGUAUAUUGGCGAAACCAUGCGGUACCUCUGCAACAUGCCCGAGAAAGACAAUGAGAAGGACCACAAAGUGAGGAUUGCCAUCGGCAACGGCAUCCGUACAGACGUCUGGUCCGAUUUUCUGAGGCGCUUCGGCGACAUUAAAGUGAAGGAGCUGUACGCAGCCACCGAGGGGAACAUCGGUUUCAUUAAUUACACCUCUAAAGUCGGCGCUGUGGGGAGGGUCAAUUUUUUCCACAGCUUCAUCUUCCCGUACAUGUUGAUCAAGUUUGACAUCGAGAAGGAGGAGCCUGUGAGAAACGCACAAGGUCUUUGCAUCAAGGCGGCCAAAGGUGAGACGGGUCUCCUGGUGGGAAAGGUCACAGAGACGUCACCCUUUGUGGGCUACGCAGGCAACGAGCAGCAGACAGAGAAGAAGAGGCUCCGCAACGUGAUGAAAAAAGGCGACUUGUACUUCAACACGGGAGAUUUGCUUCGCUUUGACGGAGACAACUUUGUCUAUUUUCAAGACAGAGUCGGCGACACGUUCAGAUGGAAAGGAGAGAACGUGGCCACAUCAGAGGUAGAAAACAUCCUCACUAUGGCUCAUUGCAUUUUAGAGGCAAACGUGUAUGGCGUUAAAGUGGAAGGGAACGAAGGACGUGUGGGAAUGGCAGCAGUCACUUUGAAAGAAGGCAAAGACUUUGACUGUGACGAAGCCUACAAGCUGCUGGUCACCAAUCUACCCACCUACGCACGCCCCAGAUUCAUCAGGAUACAGCCCUGCUUGGAGAUGACGGGAACAUACAAGAUGAAGAAAACCAAAUUGGUUAGCGAAGGAUUCAACCCAGCCCUCAUCAGCAACCCUUUAUACUACCUUGAUGCAUCCAAACAGACCUUUGUUCCCAUGACAGAGGAGAUAUACAGCAGCGUAACCAGAGGCAUAAUAAAACUCUAACACAAA